UUUUUAAAGAUUUGUGUUCUGGAAAGUUGUUGGAGAGUAGUUUAGAUAGGAUGGAGGAAAAUAUUCUUGUCACUACUACUAAGUUGGAGAAGAUAUUUCCAUGUGGUUUUUUUGAUGUGAUGGAGCAUCUUCCAAUUCACCUUGUACAAGAGGCCCGCCUCGGAGGUCCGGUUCAAACAAGAUGGAUGUAUCCAUUUGAGAGAAAAAUUGGUAGUUCGAAGCAAACGAUUAAGCAAAGGGGAAGGAUCGAAGGAUCAUUUGUUCAAGGUCAUAUUGGGAGAGAAACAUGUGAUUUUUAUUCUUAUUACUUUGGUCAUGAUGUGUCAUGUAGGAGAAACAGGCCCAAUCGCAAUGAUGAAGGCGAUAUUGAUCCUUUAUUUCCACCAAUAUCAAUUUUUAAUCAAAAUGGUCGAGGAUCUAAAAAGCGUAGAAAGCGAGGCUUCACUGAUAUGGAAAUGCAAUCAGCUGUGACACAUAUUUUGCUUAAUUGUCCAGAGAUUCAAUCAUAUGUCAACUUGUUCGUAAACACAUGGGGUAAUGAAGCCAUCUAUACAGAAUUUUCCAAAUGGCUGAGGAACUAUAUGUCAUCAGGCGGUGACGGUGAUAGAUAUCGCGAGCAUCUUGGAGUUGGCCAGACUAAACAGGCUAAAAAAAAGAAGUCUAGGAGAUCGAUAGAUCCUGAGGAUAUUGCAGGAUCUAUUUCUUCUGCUCAUCAGCCAUAA